AUGUCUGAUCCAAAAGAUUACUUGUUUAAGCUUCUCCUCAUUGGGGACUCUGGUGUCGGGAAAUCAUGUCUGCUCCUCCGUUUUGCCGACGACACUUACACCGACACACACAUUGCUACCAUUGGUGUCGAUUUCAAAAUUAAGACAGUCCAAAUCAACGGCUUAAACGUUAAAUUACAAAUUUGGGAUACUGCAGGACAGGAAAGAUUCAGAACUAUUACCUCUUCAUAUUAUAGAGGAGCCCAGGGCAUUAUUGUCGUAUACUCAGUGAUUGAUCUUCAAACAUUCCAAAAUGUGAGACAAUGGCUUCAAGAGAUUGAGCGAUACGCUUCUGAGUCUGUAAUUAAGUUGUUGAUUGGAAACAAAUGUGAUUUAGAGGAUGAGCGUGCUGUGACAGUCGAGCAAGGCCAAGAGUUGGCGAACUCACUGAACGUUUCCUUUAUGGAGAGUUCCGCCAAGAAGGCGCUCAACGUCGACGAACUCUUCAACAAGAUUGCUACAGACAUCAUGAAGAACUUGCAAACUUCCAACACCCCAAGCAAGACCGACGACAAGGCUAACCUCAGUAAAGGAAACGGGAAGGCCAAACCAGAAAAGAAGAAGUCGUUCUGCUCAAUGAUUUAA